UGUUACAUGUGGCGAUGAAGAACUUGCCCAAAACUGGCUUCAUCAGUCAGGUGCUGAUGCAGCUGCCUCACGUUUUCCAGAGCUUCAUGGAUCAGUACACCAGAUUCCAGUUCUUCAUUGACAAGGUUCUCCCGCAGUACCGGGAUGUGGUCAUGUCUCACACACUCAUCUACAUCCCCUCCUAUUUCAACUACGUCCAAAUGCGCAACUACCUGCACAAGGAGGAGCUCAACUGUACACAAAUCUGCGAGUACUCCCAAGAAAUUGGAAGUCUCCAGAGCCAGGCACUUCUUCCAGAAGGGAGAGAAGCAGUUCCUCCUGUUUACUGAACGCUUCCACUUCUACAAGAGGUACACAAUCAAAGGCAUCCGCAACCUGAUUUUCUUCCUACAGCAAGGUGUGCAACAUGCUAAAGGCUUCGAGGCUUUUUUUUUACAAUUUCAUUGCUGGAAGUAAAACUACAAGAAACAAAUUAAUUUCAGGCAAUGCCUUUUUAGCAGUUUUCAGAUAAACCUGAUAAUCAGGAAAUGUGUUUGUCUGCGUGGUUUCUUAUAGUUCAACCUGCCAUAAUUAGGGCCCUGUGAAAUUCAUGGGAGAAUUAGAACAUGACUAACCUGCAAUUCAGUCCUCAACCUCAAGAUGUCCUUGUAGCCACUCCAGCUAAACUGAUCAAAAGAACAAUGAAGUAAUCAACCCAUUCAGUUGUGGCUAAUUAGAAAACACCCUAAUUAUGAGGGGCCAUUAUUGCCAUUCUAGAAAUUGCUGCAUUUAAAGAAAAAGCUUACCU